AAACAAAAUAGUGGCUCAUAGUGACCUAUUUUUGUCCACCUAUGCCACAGAUCACAAUGACAUGAGUGUCAAACAGACUUUUGUCCCUACGAUGUCAUGAUAUAAACCAGUACACCACAGAGGACCAGAGCUUCCUAUCCGAGCUCCCAGCUGCUGUUUAUCUCCUCAGUAUAAAGAAAACCAACGGCAGUUAAAUCCUUUCACGAUGUGUCAACUGUAAAUUUUGUCAGCGUGAGCGAUGCUUUCGGUAGCUAUGGAGACCAAGGAUAAUAGACGGGCCAACCCUCCCUCUCUCUCCCCCUCUUUCUCUCUCACUCGCUACUUUGCGCAUGUACACCCAGUCACACUGAGCAUUGCUACGACUCCAAGAUGGCGAAAGCACGUCUGGCUUUCCUCCUGACUCUCCUCUCAACUCUCUGCUACUUCAGUGUGUUAGCGGUGGUGCUGAGGACGGACAAUGACUCACCAUGGACAAAUGAGUUUGACAAAAUUGAGUUAUCGUGUUUGAUUGAGUCAAUUUCUACAAGCAAUCCUAGAAUUGAAUGGAAGAAGAUUACAAGCGGUGGACCAAGUUAUGUGUAUUUUGACAAGAAGAUUUCAGGUGACCUAGAGAACAGAGCGCUCUUCAGAGAACCAGCCACGUUACUUAUAACCAAUGCCACAAGAUCGGACACAGCAAAAUAUCGCUGUGAGGUGACCGCAGCUGACGACCAGAAGUCAUUUGACGAGAUUGUGAUCGACCUUGUUGUAAGAGUGAAGCCGGUGGUGCCGAAAUGCAGUGUCCCAAAAUCUGUACCUUUCGGGAAGCCAGCUGAGCUCAGCUGUGUGGAGGAUGAGGGUUUCCCCAAGUCACAGUACCAGUGGUUCAAGAAUAAAGAAGAAAUUCCUGAUGAUCCCAAGACCAGCCUCAAGUUCUUCAACUCUUCAUACAUUCUCAACGCAGAAAAAGGAACCCUGAAAUUCACUGCAGUCAGGAAAGAAGACGCCGGAGAGUAUUUCUGUCGGGCCAAGAACGAUGCAGGAUACGCUGAGUGUUUACCACAGACGAUGGAAGUGUAUGAUGUUGAUAUGUUGGGGAUCAUAGUGGGAGUGCUGGUGGUGGUCGUAGUACUCCUGUGCAUAACAGUGGGCAUCUGCUGUGCCUACAAGAAAGGCUACUUCUCCAGUCAAAAACAGACAGGAAAUAAUUACAAAGUUCCAGCCAAAGGAGAUGGAGUGGACUACGUCAGGACAGAAGAUGAGGGUGAUUUCCGACACAAGUCGUCGUUUGUGAUCUGAGUAGAGAGACGAUGAAGGGGGGCAUUGUGCUGAGCGAGAGACAUGACAUGUGGCAGCGCUUUCCUCGCCGUCUGACCACGGAGCUGCCACAGUCCUGACUUUUUAGCUCUCAACAUGACUCAAAUCCAACAACUCAAGUUUGCCAAAGGUGACAAGAUUUCACAGAACAACAUGUAAAGCUGUUACACAUGUACGGACUGCGGUGAAUGUGUCAGGUCUCAUCACCAACAGCCCAGUUAUUCUACUAAAUUAUGGAGCUUUCACUUUACAGUUACUGCAUGGUUUUCACGCCAACGAAAACGUGGAGGCGUCUCUCUUUCUCACUCUUCCUCUCUCUGUCUCUCUCUCUCUCUUCCUCUCUAUCAUGAUGCAUUUCUACUGUAAACUUUUAGCUUCAAACCAUUUGUCGUUUGUAUAACAUUUCUUUUGUACUGUUGAAAUUUGUCAGACUAUUUUUGAUGGAAAAUAUUUUAAAAUGCCUAUAGAUAAAGGUUUACUUUUUUAAAUAUUUGUAAAAUACUAACAUGUGUUUUUUAUUAUUAUUAUUAUUUGAUUGUGGAUUUUGAGAAAAAAAAAACAUUGUAACACCUUAACCACUGCAACGAGCAUUUACACAUUUGCAGUCACAUCAGUUGAAGACAAAUGAAAAGACAAAAAAAAAUGAAGUACAGUAGUCGUAUUUGCAUAUCGAGAUGUGGUUCUUGAUCAGCAGUCUUACAUAUUUAAUGUCUCGGCUGAGAACUUCCAGUGUGUUAGGCCACAGACUUCCAUGUUGGUGUUGUAGAUAGUCUUAGUGGGAGGUUUUGAUGAGUGCCAGUCAAAUGCUGUGAAACACUGUCCACAGUCAGUGCUGCGUUUUCUUCAGUUUAAGUGUCCUUCUAUGCUUGCUGUUAAUCCUGUAUUUAUUGAACCACAGUUACUGUCCUCUAGAGAAUGCUCGGUAUUAGACUACAAUACCAUUAUUAUGAGGCGAUGGUUAUCGUAAUUAUUAUAAUAGACAGAGUUUGUAAGUUAACCUUCCAGAUCCAAAAAAAACUACAAAUCUAAUGAUGAAAUCAAAUGUUUUUUUAAUUUGAUUUUAAUAACAGGUGAAAUAAUGUGAUAUGGAACAUGUCACUUUUACUGAUGCUGUAACAAGUUGCUACAUUACACAUUACAACUGAUAUGUUCCCUCUGCCAUCCUCACUGUUAUUCCCAAAGGCAGAAAUGGUUUGAACACUGCUGGUUCAGUUUCAGUAUAAAAACAGAAACUUUUCAACAGAAUCAACCCCAAUGACUUUUAAUGCUUUGUCACUGAUGUCACCUUCUCAUGUCAUCAGUAUAACAGCUCUGCUAAAUACCUUGCUUGGAUACAGAGCUUUUUUUUAGUUUGGAUAUUGAUUCACCAUGACAUUUUAACCAGGAUUAUUUUCGAAGGUGCACUCAAGGUGUUAGAUUUAAAUUAUAUUUUCUAAUUAGUUUCCAUGAGCAGUGAUGGUAAAUACCACAAAUACAUGACUGUACAUGUGAAUUUGCUCAACGGGCCCAUUUAUUUGGUACAUCAGGAGAGGUUCGUGUCAGAUCAGUGCUUUUACGUUGGCCAACAGUUGUUGUAUUACUGUAUUUGAUGACCACUGAAGGCUACUGUGUUUUCUACUAUACGCAUGGACAGUAUUAGUGGAUAAUAGUCAGCCACAACAUGAAAUUUCACCACUCGAUGUUGCUAAAUCCUAUACACUGUACAUUCAAGUUAUCACAAUUAAUGGUGCCAAAAACAGCAGAAGACACCGUUUGACUGAUCAUCUCUGACCUGAGCGUUUGCUGGUAUCAGCAAACCUUUUUUUUGACUAACAUUUUACUACUUGAUUAGAGUAGACUUGGUUACAUGUCUGAUCAUUGGUAAAGAGUACAUGUUGUAGAUAAAAUGAAAAAUAAAUUUAGCUUCCACUGAGGUUCCUUCACCUUUUCUCAAUCGUCAGCAAAGCUGGAGACAGAAGUGAAGAGACACAUCAGCGGAGAACCGUACAGCAGGUGUCUGGAGGGUUAACGGUUGUGUUGAUUGUAUAUAGAUAUUUUUUUCUCACUCAAGAUAAUGUAAAGUGGUGAAAAUGUUAAAAAAAAAAUCCUAUUUGAGGCGAUAUGAAACUCUUUCCAUUUGUAACGCUGAGAAAAAGUUGCAUUUUAUCAUACAGAGCUGUGUUUUGUCAUCUAAGGUGAAGGUGGAGGAGGUGAAAAUGAAACUACUGUAUUUUUCAAAACCAUGUGUGGUCCUAUUUGAACACUGUUCCCUGCAGUUAGCUAAAGGCUGCCU